CUGCACAACACUGCUUGCAGCAAGAACAUGGCGCCGUUCUGGAAAGUAUUUCGGGAUGAAAACUGUCAAAAAUGUAAUGGUGGAAUUUCAUUCUUUUCCGCAUACAUCGUAUAUUAGUCCUAGAACGUAUAUUACUUAUACGUGCAUAUUAUAGAAAUGUUUGAGAAAAUUCACGGAACUCUUCAUGAUAAUGUAGUAUUUAUAAAUAAAUUUAUAGGUUACUACAAAUUUCUUUUAAGGUAAUGUGAUAGUCUUGGUACAGCAAUUUGAAAUGUUUCUUGUCAUUGGAUUCACAAUUAGUAUCUGAAGAUGGAAAUGUCUGAUGAUGAUGCAACAGAUGUACAGGAUCAGUGUUCAAAGCUAAAACCAAAGAAAAAAUCUUUAUGUAGGUUAUUAAUGCAAAAGAAAACAAAGGUUGGUUGCCUUUCUGCUGAAUCAGAAGAAAUAAGCUUGCAAGAGGACGUUCAGAAUAACAGUCCUUUAAAUCAGAAGGACGCAAAAAACGAUGUUGGCAACACUGUGGAAUCGGUCAUAUCACCAGUGAAGAAAACAAGCAGUAUAGCUAAAUUAGGAGAAAGUCAAAAUAAAGAUGUUACAAAGGAAGUACAAGAGACACAUCACUUGGGAUCCCCAAGAGAUUUCAGCAACAGUACUAAGCUCUCCCUCUGUUGUGCCAUGACUGAAAGUUCUAGAUCACUGGAUCAUCAACAUAGUUCUGAUUACCAUCGCAGUAAUAGUACAGAAAGAAGUGAUCAGAAUCAUCAGAGUGUAACUGUACCUGCAAGUUCAGAUAUACAAGAUGUGUACAAAGUGAUGCAGAGUGUCAAUAAAGCCUCAUCUAUUGAUGAGACGCAUCUGUCUUCUGCUCAUUCAAGGGAAGCAGGUAGUGACUCACAUCUUCAGGAAAAUAUUUCUCAAAGUGUUCCUGUUUCAAGACAGCCUUCACUGAGAAUUUCUCAGUCCCCUUCACCAAGUGAAGUAUCUUCCUGUGAUUCAUCUCCGAUGCAGAUGUCAUCACAGGCUCAACUUCGAAGACGUUUGCUAUCACAACGCCGCUCAGCUGACAACCUCCUUAUGUCUUCUACUUCUUGCCGUUCUCCUUCUCUUCGUCAUUCAUCUCCUGAAUCUAGUCAAAGCACUCCUGAUCCCAUUCGAGGUUACAAGACAAGGUCAUCAUCUCAUGAUACCAUGUUGCCUCCAUACUGGGAUGGGAAGGAUAAAAGGGUGUCUAUACCUUCUAGAGGCAGUCAUGGGAACCUUGCCCCUGAGAAUGGUGCAAUUCAUGGCAUUGUUGCAUCCAUGGAUAGCUUGGCUCGAAAUUCUCUACUUGCUGCGCAAGUUCUUCAUCUCAUACCCACAACAAAAGCCAGAGAGAGGAAUUUCUUACAUGGUCGUAUUGCAGCGACAUCUCUUCUGGGAUUAGUAGAAUUGGAACGGACUUUGCCACAGCGGGAAUUGCGGAUCUUUGUGGGUACUUGGAAUAUGAAUGGCCAGGCUCCACCACCACAGCUGAAUGACUUUAUGCUGCCAGAUGACCUAGAACACGUGCCAGACGUAAUUGCUAUUGGAACUCAGGAGAGCUUCUCAGAACGAUUCGAGUGGGAAGUGAGCAUCCAGGAGACAGUGGGCCCGUCACACCUGCUUCUGCAUUCAUCCAGUCUUGGCACAAUACAUCUAGCCAUCUUCAUUCGCAGGGACCUUCUCUGGUUCUGUUCGGUGGCUGAAGAUUCAAGCUUCAGUGUGCGACCUGGAACUGCUUUCAAGACAAAAGGUGCAGUAGCUAUUGGAUUCAUGCUGUUUGGCACAUCCUACCUGUUCAUCACUGCACAUCUUACUGCGCAUCUUGGUAAGGUGAAGGAAAGGAUUCAGGAUGUCAGGAGGAUUGUUCGUUCUCUUGACCUACCCAAACAACUGCCUGUCCGUCACAAGAGCAAGGAUGUGACACAGAACUUUGACUGCAUAUUUUGGUGCGGUGAUCUUAAUUUCCGGCUGUCACAGCCUAGAGAUGAGGUUGUUCAGUGGGUAGCAGAGCAGAGGUUUCCUGUGCCCCAGCCUCUCACUCUUCAGAGUGACCAACUAUGUAACAGUCGCAGUGAAGGUUCGAUAUUCCAGGACUUUGAGGAAGGGCCGAUCACAUUUUCACCUACUUACAAAUAUGAUCCUGGAACCCAGCAGUUUGACACCUCGCAUAAGCAACGUGCACCUGCCUAUACUGACCGCAUACUGUUCAAAUCAAAGGGUUCAUCCCACCGGCGUGAUUCAUCCAGCAGUUCCAGUGCGGCACUUCUGGAAUGCCUAAUGUAUGCCUCUGUACCCUCAAUAUGCACAUCUGACCACAAGCCUGUCUGGGGCCUGUAUCGUAGUACUGUGCGUCCUGGAAUAGACACAAUUCCGCUCGCAGCUGGACUCUUCAACCGUGAAGUGUAUCUUGAAGCCAUCAAACGUCGAGCAGCUGCAAUGGACAAACGGAAAGGAACGUCAACUAUCUGUUCUGUCCAGUGAGGAUAACCCCUUACAUCAGUACUGUGCAAUCAAAUUCAUUGAAAUAAAGGGUAGGUUUAGGAGUUAAAGAAUCUCUAAGCAGUUGUGAAACUAAGACAUAGGUAUUACUCAUAGUUUGUUUUGCGUUUGUAUUUUUUUAGUACAGCCACUUGUUGUACAUGGAUUUUAUGCAUUUCUGGAAUUAUGUGGUUGUCUUAUGAACAUAAAAUUUUAAUUUACAUGACCAUUUUUUGGAAGUAUGCAGUUUGAACUGUCUGGAAGGCAGGCAGACUUUCUUGCAUGAACACUGUAUGGAAGAAACGUUUCCUUUAUUUAGUGCAUGAUUUAAAGGGGUUCACUGUGGAUGAGGAUGUGUCUAAAACCCAGAAAAAAUUGGGAAAUUGCAAAGAAAAUUGCCUUUGAUGGGGCUGAUUUAGUUAAUGUGUUGGAUUUAUCAAACUUGCACAAAGAAAAACUUCCUACUGAGGAUUUAAUUCAGCUAGAGAAGGGGCAUUAGGAGAAGGCGGAGGAAGCAGCAAAGUUUGAGGCUAUGCAUAUGCUUACGAGUAAAACAUUGGCAGUAGCAUUUUGCGUGGUUGAGCAAGGUCUUGCUGUCUUAGAUGAAAAUAUCCUGAUAGUGAGCAAAGUUCAAAAGUGUCAAAUGUUUUGCAGUAUUACACUGAAACAAAGAAAAUGAAAGCCUUUGGAACAUCAUUGCUUUCCAUGUUUAAGAAAAAGGAAAGCAUUAAACUACCUGAAUGUCAAACUUGUACCUCAGGCACUUUGAAAACUAAUCAGCUGCCCAUAAAUGAAGUGGCAUCUUAACAUCUUUAUUUCUCCAUUGGUGUCACCUACUGGGUCAUCUGACAGAGAUGACCCCCAUCCCCAAUAACCCCCACCUUUCCAAUACCACCUCCACCAGCAAGCCAUUUCCGGCAGCAUUCACCUUAGUGUUGAAAACAUUUUUCAUGAAUUCUUUUUAUUAUAAUUGCCUCCAUGUCACAUUACUAUUUGAGGUAUUCUUUUUAAUGUCUUAUUAUCAGUAACAAAUAAGCAAAAAACCAUAACCACAGUUUCAAAUAAAAUUUAGUGAAGGAAAACAUGUUCAAAUGAGCACUGAGUCAGCACGUCUCCUAAGCCCUACCACUUAUUUAUUUCUUUUUGGAAAAUUGGGUUUGAUUUACUCAUUUUUUAUUUACACACCUAUUUUCAAGAAUGUAGCUGCCAUGUAUAUUUUAAGGAAAUUUUCCUGAUAUUGGGUUUUAUAGUGGGAAAGAUGAAACAGUCAUUAUUUAAAGGUACAACAUUAAACAAAGAACUCAUUGCCUAGUAAGGAAAUUUUCUUUUACAAAAUAGUGUAUGCAUGCAUAGAAAUGGCACUAAUUGGUGUCUGAUAAAUUUGUGAUAUUUUAUGCUGGUUUAGGGAUACCAUUCAGGGUUAUUCAAAUGAGUAAUGAGGCUAUAAUGGAAGAAUGAUGAUCAAAUAUAUUGAUACUCAUUUCACACUGAAGAAUUGUUUCUCCAGUUUAUAUUCAUUUAAACUAAAAUGCCAAAGAUACAGUAUAUAGAUGCAUAUUGUAAUAAAUAAAGGUUUCUCAAUGCCACACUGUUGCUUUUUAGAGUGUAUGGUCUGUGUUCUGUCUUCUCUAUAAAUGGGCAAAGUGUAAUCAAAAUUAUUGAAGUCAUUUUAAAGAGAAUCACUACUUUGUGUUUCAUCUUUUGUAUGAAGUAUUAUUAGUUUAUAUCAUAUCUUAUUUUAUAAUUCAGAUGCUGUAAAUAUUUCUGAAUGUCAAAUGUGAGGGAAAUCUUCAGACCUUCCAGUUCGUAUGGGAAUGAUGAGGCAUGUAGAUGGUAACUGACUUCUGGGUGCAUGGUCCUCCUUAAACCACUGUGGGGGUCUGACUGUGGAUUAACUGUUUAAAUCUGUACUGUGGCUCUUUCUACUCACUUCUGUCUUGGAAAUUAAAGGAUAGAAACUGAAAGAAAGUGCAUGUUACUAGUAAACAAAUGCUACUGGCUAGCCAAAUGUCAGAAAAAAUGCCUCUCUGCUAUCUGUGAAUGACAAGUGAAAAAAUGCCAGGAAUAGUUGAAGAUUUACAGGCAAGGUAUGUUAUUGCCAAGUAUGGACUCCAUUACCUGUCAUGAAUCUUGCUCGACAAUCCCACACAGUGGGUUAAAUUAGACAGACCGUAUGAAUGAAUGUACAAGGGGUGGGCCUUCUUGGCCCUUGCACCGUGACCACAGUGAUCUAUUGUGCUUAGACAGACAGUAAGAAUCUUUUCAGUUCAGUUUGACUUCUUUGAAUUAGGGUGCUCAUUAUAUUUGGGAAAAUAUGAUGAAACAUGGUCAUGGUUCUUACAGUUGGACAUGAAACUGAACGUCCCUUGCUUACUCUACAACAUUUGAAAAACUGAACAAACUUAUGACACAGUUAGUUUAAUAAUUAAAAAUGCAGUGCUGUGAGAUGACAUGAAACUAAUAAUUAUUAAAAAUUCAUUGUUAAUUCAUAAUUAUUUAUUGAAUGAUUCAUAGAUUCCUAUAUGGGGAGUAAGUUUCAGUCCCAAGAAUUUAUCACACACAUUCGGAGUAUUGGUAGCCCUGACAAUGUAAAUUGUUUUCUUUUCCUUAAUAUGUCUGCAUUGCAAGUGCUUGUCUUGUUGAAGUACCCAAACCCAUUCUAUUUCUGCUUUGUUGGCUAGAUGGUUUCAUAUUUAAAUUUUGGAAUUUCAUCAAAGUAUAUUACCAGCCAUCAGGUGCAGGAUAUAAUCUAGUCAUAUUAUUAUACAUAUUUUUUUAUGGAUCUGUAGGAGUGGUAUCAUUGUUUCUAACAGUGGUGGUGUUUUGUUUCUGCAUGCAUAUACUUGUAUUUAUUGUAAUUUUAAAUGUCUUUGUAGUAGCUGACAAUGUUUCUGAACCAUGACAAAAUAAAGUGUUAGCAGCAGUUGUAUUCAUUAAUAUUAAUACAGUAGCUUAACUCACCACCAAACUGUAGUGAUAUAUAAGGGAGCAGAAGUAAAGUUGUACACAUUCUUGACCUUGGCAGUAGAUGGAAUUAAAUGGGCAGCUACGCUCUGCUGCCCCUCCACCUUGAGCAGAUAACCACUGGUUUUCACUCAACAGGAGACUCAACCAGAGGUAUUGUAAACAUAGUAGAGAAGGAAGAAGUUCCUGGCUGUGACAGGAAUUGAACCCCAAUCAUUCAACUAAAGACAUUUUGCAGAGUUAUUCUAGCUCAUAUUGUUCCUUAGUAGUGGCAGAAAAGACACCUUAGGCAAUUGAAACUUUAUAUCCAGUUGUAAGAUUUGAGGCUUUCACGGCGGUGACUAUGAAAAAAGCAGUUUUCUGGGAUU